UCGUCGUCGUCCGUCGUCCGUCGUCCGUCGUCCGUCGUCCGUCGUCCGUCGUCGUCGUCGUCGUCGUCGUCGUCGUCGUCGUCGUCGUCGUCGUGUCGUCGUCGUCGUCGUCGUCAUCCGUCGUCGUCGACGUCGUCGUCGAGCUGCUGCGGCCGCAGCACGGGCCACGCCCGGCAUGGCGGCCGGCGGCGCGACGAGCAGCCCUGCCCUGCCCGCCGGCAGCCUGCGGCGGGCGCAGACGGCGAGCGCCCACUCCACCCCCUGCUCCAGGCAGCCCCUCCUCUCGGCCGAGGAGCGCAGCGGCUUCCUGUCGAAAAGGUCGCACACCGUGGAGAUCGGGAACCUGCGGCAGCAGCUGGAGCAGCAGGGUUCGGGCGUCUUCGGCAUCUGGGGGGGCCUGGCCCUGCAGCGCUCCGCCAAGGUGUUGCCGUCCCCCAGCGGGGGCGACAGGGCGCAGCUGCUGAUGAGGCACGGCUCGGUCCUGGACGCCCUGGAAGCGCUGCCGGCCGAGGGCAGCGAGGAGAUCGACGAGCAGGGCGUCCUCACAGAGCGGGAGGCCAUCUCCUCCAUUAGCAACGUCCUCGUCGGCUGCGCCAUGCUGUCGAUGCCCUUCGCGUUCCGUGCGGCAGGCUGGUCGGCCGCCGUCGUGCUUACCGCGGUGUCUGGCCUGAUGCUGCUCACUGGCCUCCUCAUCGGGUGGGGUUUCGAUGCAACCGAGGCUCGGUUCAGGGACGACAAGGUGCCGAUGCAGUCCCGCGACUUCGCGGCGCUCGCGUACCUGGCCUUCGGGCCCCGGGGGCAUGCCCUCAUUGGCAUAAUCUUCACCGCGGAGCUAUGGAUGGCCCUCGAGGCGUUCUUCGUGAAUAUUGGCAUCAACAUGAACAUACUGACUGGCGUGUCUGCCUCCUGGUGCAUCGUGGGCUCUGGCAUCCUAGCGUUCAUAAUGCUGUACACGCCAAUGAAAGUUCUGGCGUAUAUCUCGAUGGUCAGCAUAUUCGCGAUCUUCGGUGCGUCGGGAUCCUUUGUCGCAACGGGCGGGCUGCUCCUGCAAGAAGGCCGCUGUCCAGACUACCAGACGUACCACUCAGAUCUCAACGCGGGCGGCCUUCUGACAGCCAUGGGCCUCAGCAUCUAUUGCUUCGCGGGGCACCCCUGUCUCCCGUCAGUAUAUUGGAGCAUGCGAGACCGUUCGAAGUUUAGCCGCGCCUGUGUGGGAGGCUUCGCUUACGCGUUUGUCUUCUAUCUGGGUGUCAGCGUCUUGGGCUUCUAUUCGGCGGAUUUUUUCGGCGACUUUGUCCAGAACCCUUUCACGUCAAACAUUGGCCAGGACCUGCAGGGCGGUCGCAUUCGGGUCGGACGAGAAGGGGGGAAAGGGAGAGAUAGGGGGGAUCUCAGCUGAUUUCG